AUGGCUCGGGAAAAGUGGACAAAGAAGACACCAAAAGGUGGAGAUGCGCCAAAAUCGCAACCACAAAACAACAAGUCAGACAAUAAACCCAAUGAUGAGGACGUGUUAGAAUUGUGCAAGAUUCUCCUCCCAGAGAUGCAGGAGGUCAUCAAGAAAGGAGUGUUGGGGGUAGUGCCGGUGAUCAGGAGUCUUACUGCGAAAGAUAAUCCUGCAUCAGCUGAAAUGACACACCCUGAAGGUGUCACAGUCAAUAAACUUACAACUGCAGUGGUUGACUUGUUCAAUGAGAAUAUAGUAAGGAAAAGUGUAAUCAAUCACCUCCCCGAGCCUCUAUCUCACUCCUCCGAACCAAGCGACGAUAAGGGUCGAAGCCUAGCAAUGGUCGAAAGUCAGAAACAUAUGCGUCUUGAAUUCCUUGUCACUUCAGCUAAUAGGAAAGUGCCCGUUGAAUUGCCUUUGAACGAGAGGAUAGUUUUUAUCAUGAAAGAACACGAAACAUCUGAUGAGCCUUACUUGACACAAAGCGACUUCCCAGAGUACAUUUCGAUAUCAGAGGAAGUGUUGAUGAGAGCUUGUCCGUUCAUACGAGCGGCAUUUAGCUACAAGGAUGUGGGCAAAUUUGACGAUCUGGAUGACAUCUGCAUUUACGAUCCUGCGUUUACAGCGCACCGAAAAAGAUGUGUUGCGCAACGCAAAUUGGUUUACCUUUCAGACUUGGUACAUUCGUCGUUUCGUGGUACGGCAAAGCAUUUGCACUCUGUAUACGAUUUGAAAAAGAUUGACAAAUGGACAGCCGAUACGUUUUGGAAGCAUACGAAGUCGUGGAUUUUGUUCUUGAGGGGAAAUGAUUUCAGCGAGAACACCUCCUCCACUGCAGAGAUGGAUGAAGUAUGCAUGCUUGCAGCGUUCUUGGGGGCCAAGAAGAAUGCAACGACGGCGUUGAGAAAUACAUAUCAGCAUCAGAAGGACCGUGCCACAAGAGAGAAACUACAUCCACGGCCUCAGACACUGCUGAAGCAUGAGCCUGGAAGAAAGAGAAGUCCUCCUGAGAGAGCAGUUCGAAAGAGUGAUUAUGUUGCAAAUGAUACAUGCAAUGAAAUGCUCGGUAACACUGGUUGGCGAAGCAGAGACGAUUAG